AUGAUUCCAUUCGCUUCUUCGACCAGCGACCCAGCUGGGGCCAGACAAAUGCUUAUCGAUCAUCAAAAUGGUUCUCUUUUUCCUGAUGACCCAAAAAUCGCAGCCAUCAUCGGCUACGAAAACAUUCUCCAACCAACAACAAUGCCACUUCUGGCUUUGCUUUGUCUGCCAAUUUUACCCGGCUACACAGCCGCUAUCAUCUAUCGGAUUCAAAUUCUGCGAGUUCUUGAGAAAAACUCGAUGAGUCCAAAAACGAAAAUGGCACAGAAGAAAUUGGUGAAGGCUCUAACGAUUCAAGCAGUUCUCCCGAUUUUGAUGAUGAGUCAAGCGUCGAUUUACGCUUGGAGACAAUUUCAGUUACCGUUUGCGCACUCGGUUCCGUACUUUGAGGAAUGGGCUUUUCUGUUAGUGGCCAUGGUCAGCUCAAUGAACCCGUGUAUUACGGUCUACUACGUGGCUCCGUAUCGAGAGAAAGUAAAUGGCGCGCGGAAAGCUGCUCACGGAUUA